UCCUCCUCAUCCGCACGCGCUGAUGUUUUAACCAUGCACUGCUCCCUGCCUCUUCCUCCCUCUAAUUCCAUCCAAACCCAGAAUUCGCCGGUCGUUACCACAUCAUCCCGACUCACCCGCUCCAACCACUCAUGGGUCGAAUCGCUUCGCUCCCACGCCCGUUCAAACUCCUUCCAGCAAGCCAUUACCACUUUUGUUCAGAUGCAGGCUGUCGGAAUUCUACCCGAUAAUUACGCUUUCCCUGCUGUCUUAAAGGCCGCCACCGCUCUUCAAGAUUUGCGCCUCGGGAAGCAGAUUCAUGGGUCUCUUGUUAAACUGGGCUAUGAUUCCCACGCCACUGUUUCCAAUACGGUAUUGCAUAUGUAUGCCAAAUGCGGGAGUGACGUCGACCAAGUCUUCAAGGUGUUCGACAGAAUUCCCCAAAGAGACCAAGUUUCUUGGAACUCGUUGAUAAAUGCUUUGUGCAAAUAUCAAGAAUGGGAAUUGGCUUUGGAGGCUUUUCGAUUGAUGGGGCUCGACAAAAUUGAGCCUAGCUCGUUUACUUUGGUCAGUGUAGCUCUCGCGUGCAGCAACUUGAAUAGGCGUGAUGGGUUAAGGCUUGGGAAGCAACUGCAUGGUUAUAGCUUGAGAGUCGACGAGAGAAAGACCUUUACAGACAAUUCUUUGAUGGCCAUGUAUGCGAAAUUAGGGAGAGUCGAUGAUGCUAAGAUCAUUUUUGAGUGGUUUGCACACCAUGACAUGGUUUCAUGGAACACUAUUAUUAGCGCAGUUUCACAGAAUGAUAGGUUCUACGAGGGGUUGGAGUAUUUCCGUGCUAUGAAUGACGAAGGAUUUAAACCCGAUGGUGUCACAAUUUCGAGUGUGCUUCCAGCAUGUUCCCAUUUGGAGUUAUUGAACUUGGGGAAAGAAAUUCAUGCGUUUGUACUCAGAAAUGAUGAUUUCAUGAGGAAUUCCUUCGUGACAAGUGCUUUGAUAGACAUGUAUUGCAACUGUAAACAAGUUAUGAGUGGGAGAAGAGUUUUUGACAGUGCAUUGGAUCGGAAGCUUGGAACAUGGAAUGCUAUGUUUGCUGGUUAUACUCAAAAUGGAUUUUACUUGGAGGCAGUGAUGUUAUUCAUGAAGUUGAUGGUUGUGUCCGGUCUUUUCCCUAACCCAACCACAAUGGCUAGUGUUUUGCCAGCUUGUGUACACUGUGAAGCUUUUGUUGAUAAAGAAGUUAUGCACGGAUACGUCUUGAAGUUGGGGCUUGGGAGGGAUAGAUAUGUGCAAAAUGCUCUGAUGGACUUGUAUUCCAGGGUAGGGAAGGUAGAUGUUUCAGAAUAUAUAUUUCACAAUAUGGAAAGCAAAGAUAUCGUGUCUUACAAUACGAUGAUAACUGGCUAUGUGGUGUGUGGAUACCAUGAAGAUGCUCUUGUUUUGUUACAUGAGAUGCAGACAGCUGAAAAGAAACAUGGAGUGAAUGUUGACUUUGACAAGAACAUUGAGGUCUCAUUUAGACCUAAUUCUGUAACACUCAUGACCAUCCUCCCUGGCUGUGCUGCUCUGGCAGCACUAACAAAAGGAAAGGAGAUUCAUGCUUAUGCCUUUAGAAAUGGAUUAGGAUCAGAUGUCGCUGUUGGAAGUGCGCUGGUUGAUAUGUAUGCCAAGUGCGGUUGCUUGAUUAUGGCUCGAAGUGUUUUUGAAAGCAUGCCUAAUAGAAAUGUAAUAACAUGGAAUGCUAUGAUCAUGGCUUAUGGGAUGCAUGGAGAAGGAGAUGGGGCCUUGACACUUUUUAGAAAAAUGGUGGUUGAUGGUGGCGAAGUUAAGCCUAAUGAGGUUACUUUUAUUGCAGUAUUUGCAGCAUGCAGUCAUUCUGGACUGGUUGAUGAUGGAAAACAAUUGUUCCAGACAAUGAAAGCAGAUCAUGGAGUCGAACCUAAUGCUGAUCACUACGCUUGUGUAGUUGACUUGCUUGGCCGAGCAGGCCGGCUUGAUGAAGCAUAUGACAUCAUCAACUUGAUGCCUGUGGGACUUGACAAGGUUGGGGUGUGGAGUAGUUUGCUGGGUGCUUGCAGGAUCCACCAAAAUGUGCAGCUUGGGGAGAUCUCAGCCUUCAAUCUGUUUAAGUUAGAACCAAAUGUUGCAAGCCAUUAUGUUUUGCUCUCGAAUAUCUACUCUUCUGCUGGACUUUGGGAAAAAGCUAAUGAAGUUCGUAGAAAGAUGAAAAGCAAGCGGUUAAAGAAAGAACCUGGAUGCAGUUGGAUAGAGUACAGUGAUGAGGUGCACAAGUUCGUGGCUGGGGACACGAGACACCCCCAGAGCGAGCAGCUUUACGCGUAUCUAAAUGAUCUAUUCGACAGAAUGAAAAAGGAUGGUUAUGUACCAGACACAUCCUGUGUUCUUCACAAUGUUGAUGAGGAGGAAAAGGAGAACUUACUGUGUGGACAUAGCGAGCGAUUAGCAAUUGCUUCCGGCCUCCUUAAUACGCCUCCUGGCACGACUAUUCGAGUUUCCAAGAAUCUCAGAGUUUGUAACGAUUGCCACUCUGCAACAAAAUUCAUCUCCAAGAUUGUUGGUAGGGAGAUUGUUGUGAGGGAUGUCAGAAGGUUUCAUCAUUUCAAGGAUGGUGCUUGCUCGUGUGGAGAUUAUUGGUGAUAUUUGUAGUCGGACAAUGUUGAUAUAAUCGAAGAAAACAAGAAGAUACAACUUGUAAUGUGUAAAAUUUAGAAGAAAUGUAAUGAUACUUGAUUGUUAGGCAUCUUUAUAAUACAAGGAAUUUAGUGCAUAUCAA